GCAUGAUGAAAAUUUGGACAUUAUUUGGCCUACCGUCGAUUGGUGGGUCAUGGAAUAAUCAUCAUCAUCAUAACAACAAUUAUUGGCUGUCAAUCAUAAUCAUUUUGGCCAAUUUAUUCAUAUUUACUUAUGGUCGAAUAACAUUUGACAAGAUGACAAAUCGUGAUUAUGCUGGCACAAUAUAUUAUACAAUACGCAAUGUAUCAUUAUAUGAAUGUCUUGGUUGGUGUCGUGAUGAAGAUGAUUGCACUGCAGCUGCAUUCAGUUUUGUAGUGAAUCCAUUGACACCAAUACAGGAAACAACAUGUUUACUACAAAAUGAAACAUUAGCCAAAAAACCAACGAUAUCCGGCUCAAAUAACAAUAAUAAUCUAGCGAAUAGUGGUGGUUCAUAUUCAAGUCAAUCAUUACAGAAAGCCGUUAAUAUGUAUUUUUUCUCGAAAAUGCAAUUACGUUCGGAUAAUCUUUGUAAUCGUUUAUGGUCAUUUGAAAGAUUUCCAAAUAAAAUGAUGCGUGGUUUGGAUAAUGCUAUCAUCUAUACAUCGAAUCGUGAAGCAUGUUUGUCAGCUUGUCUUAGUGAGGGUCGUUUUGUUUGUCGGUCGGUUGAAUUUAAUUAUCUUACUCUGCAAUGUCAUCUAAGUGAAUAUGAUCGUCGUAGUCCGGUGAUUGGUUUUUCACAAGAUCUGGUCGACAUUCAGGGCACUGAUUAUUUUGAAAAUUCCUGUCUCCGAUCUGAACAAGUAUGCCCAGAUCAACGAAUCUAUGAUUAUGCCAAAGUUGGUAUGGCAUUCAAUAAAGUUGCUCAUUAUGUUGAAUUAAAUUAUUAUCCGGAUAAAGAAUUAUUGGUCAAAUCACAAGGAGGAUGUCUUCGUGCAUGUACCAUUGAAAAUGAAUUUAUUUGUCGUUCGGUGCUUUAUCGGCCAAGUUUUAAACCUGGACAACCAAAUUGUGCAUUGUAUCAUUUGGAUCAUAAAACAUUUCCCGAUGGUUUGGAUACAUUUGCAACGCCAAGUCCAAUACCAUUAUUGGAUAGUGGUGAUUCGAGUGCUACUUAUUUCGAAGCUGGUUGUGCAAAUGACACAACCAAUAAAAAUCAACAAUCAUCAAUGUCGAUGACAACAACAUCGAUGAUAUCAUCAUCAUCAUCAUCAUCAUCGUUACCGAUGAUAAGUAGCAGUAAUAAACCAAUAUCAACGAUACCAACAAUGCCACCAACAAUAUCGACCAUAUCGAAUGUACCAACAAUACCGCAACAAUCAGCAGAUGGAAUAGAACCAUCAUGUGAUUCAUAUGGUGUUUGUUAUGAUGUUGCAUUGAAAUGUACCGAUACGAAAAUUGUUGUGAACGUACAAACAAGUCGACCAUUUCAUGGCCGUAUCUAUGCAUUGGGUCGAAGUGAAACUUGUAAUCUAAAUGUUCGUAAUAGUCAACAAUUUACAUUGGAUAUAUCAUUGGGUGGCCAAGAUUGUAAUACCCAAUCAUUAGGUGGAAUGUAUACCAAUACUGUUGUUCUGCAACAUCAUAAUGUUGUACUGACCAAAGCGGAUAAAGUUUAUCAUGUACGAUGUACAUAUGAAACAACAUCCAGAAAUGUCACAUUCGGAAUGAUGCCAGUCAGAGAUCCGGAUACAUUACAAAUCACAUCGGCUCCAGAAGCACCGUUGCCAAAAAUUACCAUUUUCGGUAGUGAUGGUCGCGAAGCAUCAACCGUUCGAAUUGGUGAUCGUUUAUCAUUCCGUAUCGAAAUACCCGAAAGUACACCUUAUGGAAUAUUUGCCCGUAGUUGCGUUGCAAUGGCUAAAGAUUCACGAAGUACAUUCGAAAUUAUCGACGAGCAUGGCUGUCCUGUUGAUAAUUCAAUAUUUCCAAGUUUCUACCAAGUUGGUAAUGCUUUGGAAAGUAGUUAUGAAGCAUUCCGAUUUACCGAAUCUUACGGUGUAAUAUUUCAAUGCAAUGUUAAAUAUUGUAUUGGCAAGUGUGAACCAGUCAUAUGUGGUGUUGGCCGAGAUAAUGUUGAAUCAUGGGGACGACGAAGACGCCGUCGUUCAGUAAUGCCAUCAUCUAGUCAGGAUACUGGUGAUGAGGAAAUGACUUUGAGUAAAGAAAUUCUUGUGCUGGAUGUCAAUGAAAAUCUUAAUCAAAUGAACAAUUCUACAAACGAUUCGGUCAUGUUGAAUUUGUUAUCAUUGCAACACCAGCAACAAUGUGCAUCACGAACAUCGAUCUAUGCAAUGGCCAUAUUGUUUGCCUUCCUGUUGGUUAUGUACAUAUUUACAAUCAUUUAUUUCACACGAAAACGAUGGGAUACAUCACCCAAUCAUUUGAAAUAUAUUCGAUAAAGAUUUUUUUUCGCUACUCAAAACUUUGAUGAUUUUUUUUCGUUUCACUCUUAAUCAAUCAUUCAUUCAUCACAAGACAAAUGUGCAGCUCAUUUUCUUCGAAAAACGUAAUUUUUUGCCUCUCGUGAUACAA